UCAUUUAAAAUAUAACAUUUUUAAAGAUGGCAGGUGGGACAUUUGUUAAUUCAGAAAAUUCAAGACAAUAUGAAAGCAAGAUUACACUAUUUGUGUUGGUCACAUGUUUUGUAGCUGCCAUGGGUGGUUUACUCUUUGGUUAUGACCUUGGAAUUACAGGAGGAGUGACUUCUAUGGAACCAUUCUUAAUAAAAUUCUUUCCAAGUGUUUAUAAACAAAUGAAAGAUGAUUCUAAUCAUGAAAGUCAAUAUUGUAAAUUUGACAAUGAACUCCUUACUUUGUUCACCUCUUCUUUAUAUCUUGCUGCAUUAGUAGCUUCCUUUUUUGCUUCCACCACAACAAGAAUGAUGGGACGCAAGACCUCAAUGUUUGCAGGUGGAUUAUUCUUCCUUGUUGGUGCAUUGUUGAAUGGUUUUGCCAUCAAUAUUGAAAUGCUCAUCAUAGGUCGUUUACUACUUGGUUUUGGUGUAGGAUAUUGUAAUCAGUCUGUACCUGUGUAUUUGUCUGAAAUGGCUCCAACAUCAAUAAGAGGUGCACUUAACAUUGGAUUUCAAAUGAUGAUCACGAUUGGCAUCUUGGUUGCAAACCUUAUUAAUUAUGGCACUGCCAAACUAGAAUAUGGUUGGAGAAUUUCUUUAGGUGUUGGUGCAGUUCCUGCAAUCAUNUUAUGUGUAGGAUCUCUUUUCUUAGGUGACACUCCUAACUCCUUAAUUGAAAGAGGUAAAAAAGAAGCUGCUAAGAAAAUGUUGCAAAAGAUUCGUGGAAUGGACAAUGUUGAAGAGGAGUUCCAAGACCUCAUUGAUGCAGCUGAAGCAGCUAAAAAUGUGGAACAUCCGUGGAAGAACAUCACAAAACCAAAAUACAGACCUCAAUUGAUUUUUUGCUCUCUCAUUCCAUUUUUCCAACAAUUCACUGGCAUCAAUGUUAUCAUGUUCUAUGCACCUGUCCUCUUUAAAACUUUAGGCUUUGGUAAUGAUACUUCUCUUAUGUCUUCUGUUAUCACUGGAGGUGUUAAUGUGGUUGCCACUAUUGUUUCCAUUUUCUCUGUGGACAAGUUUGGAAGAAGGAUAUUAUUCCUUGAAGGUGGAAUUCAAAUGCUUAUUUGUCAGCUUGCUGUUGGAAUUAUGAUUGCUCUAAAAUUUGGAGUGAGUGGUGAAGGUUAUUUUACCAAUGGAGAAGCCGGUCUUCUUUUAUUCUUUAUAUGUGCAUAUGUUGCAGCAUAUGCAUGGUCUUGGGGACCACUAGGGUGGUUGGUUCCUAGUGAAAUAUGUUCUCUUGAGGUUCGAUCUGCUGGACAAAGCACCAAUGUUGCUAUAAACAUGUUAUUUACCUUUGUCAUUGCUCAAGUCUUCCUAACCAUGCUUUGUCACUUAAAGUUUGGUCUUUUCUUCUUCUUUGCUGGAUUUGUGCUUAUCAUGACCAUUUUUGUUGUCUUGUUCUUGCCUGAGACAAAAAAUGUUCAAAUUGAAGAAAUGAGUAGAAUUUGGAAAUCACAUUGGUUUUGGAGGAAAUUUAUUCAAGAGAACGUAGUCAUUAUUGAACAUCCUCCUAUAACUACAAUUUAA